AGAAGUUUGUGGAUGUAUAUUGUGUUUAUCAUUUUGUGUAAACGUGGAUAAUUCGAACUAACGAUAUCCGAACUCAAAUGACCAUUGUGCAGAUUAACAAAGAAGCUCAAGGCUCGUAAACCUAUUGCGAUGAUGAGUGUAGCCUUCCGCUUUUGGGCACUUGGAUGGCUACUCCUUGCCAAUCUUGCGCGUGGCGGUAGUGUGUGGCCGAAACCUGCGUAUCAGGUACAAACUAAGCAGGAAUUCGUUUUGUCAUCCAAGGACCUAUUCAGUUUCCGCUAUGAGGGGAUGAGCAUGACUAUCUGGCUAGCUGCUGCACGAUACAGAACAAUCAUCUUCGAGGUGCCCACACAGACCCGCCGCUCUUCCAUUCCUGACGAGGCAAUGCCCUUGUACGAGCUCGUGAUCCAGAUCGAAUCUGAAGACGAGACUCUGAAUGUCGGCGAAACAGAUGAGUCGUACCUUAUAACAGUGGGUACCUACAGCGAAAAUGGCACUGCCACGGCCGUUCUGGCGGCACGCACUGUCCCUGGUGCACUGAGGGGUAUGGAGACCUUUGCGCAGCUUAUCGACGGUAUCGAUUCGGAGCCAGAUGUGCGGGUGAUGUCGGGUGUGCACAUUGUGGACAAGCCCCGCUUUCCUGUUAGAGGGCUGAUGAUAGACACCGCACGCCACUACCUCACAACCGGCACUAUCCAAAGCGUCAUUGAUGGAAUGUCCUACAACAAGCUUAAUCUCUUGCACUGGCAUAUGUCGGAUAACAUCGCAUUCCCUUUUGAUUCCCUGAAAUGGCCUAAGCUCGCCAAGUACGGUGCACAUCUCUACCCCUCACACACGUACACUCCGAUUGAUGUGAGCAUGAUUGUCGAGUAUGCCAAGCGCAAGGGCGUCCAAGUUAUGAUUGAAAUCGACUCUCCCGGCCACGCGGGUGGUAUGCUGAAGGGUUAUCCCGAAUACGCACCAGAUUGUCUGAAUCCAACUUACGGUCCAUUGGACCCGAGCAACCCGGAUACGUUCACUUUCCUGAUGAAACUCUGGACUGAACUAUUCGAAAUCGUACCAAGCCACUUGGUGCACAUUGGAGGUGAUGAAGUGGACCCCACUUGCUGGCUGCAGAGCCCUCGUGUGCAGCAGUUCAUGAAGGACAACAACUUCACAACGGGCGAACAGGUGCAGAGUUAUUUCGAGCGCAGGCUCAUUGGCCACAUGGAGGCUAGGUCGAAGCGAUCGAUGGUGUGGCAGGAGGUCUUUUUUAGAAGCGGCGAUACGCCCCCACCCAUUACCACACUCAUCAAUGUGUGGGAACCACACGACGACAACUGGAAGAAGAAACUCGCGGCUGUCACUGCUCAGGGUUACAGCGCAGUGCUUUCGGCUCCGUGGUAUCUGGAUCAAAUCAGCAGUACGCAGGAUUGGAUUAAAUUCUACCAGCAAGAGCCGCUAGAUUUUAUAGGGCCAGUGGCUCAGAAGAACUUGGUCAUUGGUGGAGAGGCUUGCAUGUGGGGAGAGUACGUAGAUGGUGCAAAUAUCAUUCAAAGGGUCUUCCCACGUGCCUCAGCUGUUGCUGAAAGGUUGUGGUCAGACAGGGCGGUGACUGAUAUUGAGGAUGCUACCCUGAGGUUGCAGGAAUUCCGCUGUAAAUUGCUCACAAGAGGCAUCCAGGCUGAGAGCUUAGGUCCCAACAAUUACUGCAUCGAGGAGUGGGAUGUGAGUAAAAGCCCCAUACAUCCCGGUAUACUAUAAAUUAUUUUUAAGUGAUUAUCAUCAACUGCAAAUUACCAGUUGUAGAAUAUAUGGUACAGAUAUAGUGGGCCACACAAAUGCGCAAUGGGCACUCAGAUAUUCAACGACAGUUAAGCGUCAGUACUACUACGAAAAACCAAUGCCAAGUGGCACCCUGCUCGUUUCAUACCCUUCAAUAUAUACUGACGUCGAAGAAAUGUCGUACAAGCAGUCACAAGAAUCAAUUUAGUGACACAACAGACAAACCUCCGCACGUGCAAAGUGUGGUCUGAGAAUGACUGAUAUUUCGAGAUCGCCUGCUUGCUGUGCUUGGGUGUAUAUUGGUCUUGCGUAAACCCACCGGCAUUUCACCCGAAUAGAAAUGAGGCGUAAAUUUCCAAUCAAUCGGAAUAAAGGCGAAAUGCACCUGUCCAUUUUUUCAGAGUACCUUACUGUCGAGUGCAGAAUAUACCACCUGAUAAUUGCUUUACAUACUAUUUCUCACUCUUUUUUUUUUGGCGUAAAGAAUAGCCGCGUUGAAUGUGGUUCUGAAUGUAUUGCGGUAGGUACCUUGUAAGUAUCCCCCGUGUUGCAAAAUUCAC